AUGCAUCCUAAUUUUGCUGCAGAACCUAGAAAUAUCAGACUUGGAUUGUGCUCAGAUGGUUUUACUCCAUAUGUCCAACAGUCCGGAACUGGAUAUUCUUGUUGGCCGGUUAUUGUUACCCCUUACAACCCCCCCCUUGAGAUGUGCAUGACAAAGCCUUACAUGUUUUUGAGUUGCCUCAUUCCCGGGCCGUCGAGUUCAAAAGCAGGAAUUGAUGUGUAUUUACAACCUUUAAUUGAUGAUUUAAAGAGGUUGUGGAUUGGGGAAUGUACUUAUGACAUAUCUCGUAAACAAAACUUCAACAUGCGAGCUGCUUUGAUGUGGACUAUUAACGAUUUUCCUGCAUAUGCCAUGUUGUCUGGUUGGGGUACACAUGGUAAAAUGGGAUGUCCUCAUUGCAUGGAUAAGACGAAGGCGUUUACAUUGGAUGAAGGAGGAAAAAAGAAGAAUUUUUUUGAAAAGGUAUUUAACACAGUGAUGGAUGUCCAAGGCAAGACAAAAGAUAAUGAGAAAGCUAGAAAAGACAUGGAACUGUAUUGUAAUCGAAAAGAUUUAGAGUUGAAGACUCUACCAAAUGGGAAGCUAUUAAAACCCAAAGCUACUUAUAGUCUAACUCCACAAGAAGCCAAGCUUGUUUGUCGAUGGUUAACUGAAUUGAGAAUGCCCGAUGGUUAUGCUUCUAACUUGGCAAGGUGUGCUAACGCCAACACUGGGAAGUUGACUGGGAUGAAAAGUCAUGAUUGUCAUGUUUUCAUGGAACGAUUUCUUCCAAUUGCUUUCAGCUCAUUGCCAACACAAGUGCUUAAUCCACUAACUGAAAUUAGUCAAUUUUUUAGAGAUAUUUGUGCAUCAAUUUUAAGAGUCGAUGACCUGCUACAGUUGGACCAAGACAUUCCUCUCAUUCUAUGCAAGUGGAUGUAUCCUGUUGAAAGAUUCAUGGGUGAUUCAAAGAGAUUAGUGAAAAAUAAGGCUAAAGUUGAGGGUUCAAUAUGUGCAUAUUAUUUGCAUCGGGAAACAUCUCAUUUUUGCUCUCAUUAUUUCAAUCACAUGAUGUUAAUUCCAAGAAUCACAAGGAAUGAAGUUAAUGUUCCAGAAAGAAGUCAAUUCACCUUAUCAAUCUUCGGUCUUCCUGGUCGUAGUUCUGGAAAGACGAAUGUGCAAUGGAUGACCGAAAAGGAAUUGCAAUCUGCUCAUGUUCAUGUAUUGAUUAUUUGUGUUGAAGUUAAACCAUACAUUGAGUUAUAUAAUAACUUCCAUUAUGAACUCACCGGUGAACAAGCAACAACCACUAACAUACAUGCUUAUUUUCCAUCAUGGUUCAAGCAACAAUUGCACACAUCCUUUGUAAAUGGAUAUAAAUUUCACAGUGAUGAAUGGACAGAAGGAAAGAAAACCAUAAAUAGUGGCAUGUUUUUAAAAAGAGUUACAGAUGGUGGUGAAGACGACUUCUAUGGUGUUAUCACGCACAUUUACGAGUUGGAAUACAAUUAUUUGGACUCGGAAAACAAAGUUGUCUUGUUUUAUUGUGAUUGGCAAGUUUAUUUCGUGCCCUAUCCUUCAAUUCAGCGAGCUAAGCAUGAUUGGUGUGUUGCAAUCAAGUCAAAACCAAUAGGCCAUAUUGAAACUGAUGACCUUGUAGAAGACCUUGCUUAUCAAGUUGAUGAAAUGUCACAAAAUAAUCAUGUGACUGAAGUUGAACAACUUACAAGCUUGUGUGAUAACGAAGUUGAGGGUCAGCAAGUUGAUGCGUCUAUAUUGUUGCCAUCAAAUAAUGUUGAUGAAGAUGACGAAGAGUCGGAAUCUGAAGAUAAUUUUGAAUCAAAUGAAGAUAAUGAAGAUUUUGAAUGA